AUGGCCGGGGACAGAGGUUUGGAGCAGCUGACGCGGCGUCACGCUGUGAAGCUUGUGACUGCGGCGUCCUGCUCUGUGGAGGAGGCGAUACUCGCUGUGGGGAAAGAAGUGGGAUACGUCCACAUCAAGUCUGCUUCACGUAUGAACGGGGCGGUCGUGAUCUUUCUGUCCAGCACUGAGAAGGUGGCGGAGGCCGUGGAGAAGGGAGCCACCAUCCAGGGCCUGUUCACCUCUGUCCUGCCGCUGGUGAGUCCCGCCAGGCGGGUCAUCGUCUCCAACGCUCCUCCGUUUAUCAAGAACGAGACUCUAGCUGCAGAACUGUCCCGGUUCGGACAGCUGGUGACACCGAUUAAAAUGAUGUCACUGGGCUGUAAGUCACCGCUGCUCAGACACGUAGUGUGCCACCGCAGACAGGUGCUCAUGGUGCUGAAGGAUAACUCCGAAUUAAACCUGUCCUUCACUUUUAAAGUUGAUGGAUUCAGUUAUGUGAUUUUUGCAUCAUCUGAGAACAUGAAAUGUUUUGGCUGCGGCGCAGAGGGUCACCUGAUCAGAGCGUGUCCGGAACGAAUGGAUCAGAAUGUGCCGCGUAAUGACGCACAGACACCGAGCACCUCUGCAGCCUCAGAUGAGACCAGCGCGGAGGCAGCGGAGCCAUCGGGGGAUGUGCCCCCGGCCCCAACACCUCCCCCCGCGGACGGCGCUGCUGGGGACCCCCCCGACGACCCAGACGGCGGGUCCGGGUCUGCAGAGCCCGCGGUGGACCCCGCGGUGGAGCUCGCUGCGGGGCCCGCUGCUGGGCCCGCGGUGGAGCCCGCUGCGGGGCCCGCGGUGGAGGCCCCCACUGCUGUCAAUGACCCUGACAGCACUCCUCCUCCCCCCGAGGAGCAGGUGUGUGACAUGAGCCAGGAGCUGAGCAGUGUGGGAGACAGUGACUCUGAGUAUUUAGAUGAGGAGAUGUCAGAUGGGGAGCAGUGUCUCUAUCCUCAGAAGAGAAAGGGAGGCAGUUCUCAGAGCACAGAGAAACCGUUUAAAGUCACACGCAGUUUGAGUAAAGGUUGUGUGCGUAAAGACCCCAGCGCCGCAGGAGGCCACAAUGACAUCAAGAACCUGGGGGUGAUCCGGUACCACCCGGAGAUUGAAGACGUGAUCCGGCCGGUGGGCAUCGCACCCCUGGACCUGCCCACGGACGACCAGAUCACACACGCCGUGGCCGACAUCGCGCUGGCGGUCAACGACGAGCACUACAGCGUCCUCUACCUCGGAACAGUCAAGGAGCGAGAGCCAAGACCCAAAAAAGACAUCACAUCUCAGAAGAUAGAGACUGAUGUUCUUAAGGAGGUCCCCGAGGAUGACGAGCCACAACAGAACCAGGAAUGUUCUGUAGCUCAAGGCGACUCCAUCCAGACAGAGGAGACCCAGUCCCAAACAGAGGACACAUUUGUGGACACAUCUGCUGCUGCAGAGGUUUUCCUGGAUGGCACUGAGGAGGAGGUUCAAACACCUCCUGAGGAGUUUGUAUUUGUAGAGUCCCCUGAAGACACUGCUACUGAUGGUGUUGAUCAGGCUGCCCUUCUGAGGGACCAGGAACAGUCACCAGUACUCACACAGACUCUAAGUGAGGAGGUAACGGUUUGUGAUGUUCCCUGUGAGGCCAGCACAACUCCAGAGAUGGAGACUGAUGUCCAUGAGGAGGUUGACGAGUCACAACAGGACCAGGAAUGUCCUGUUGCUGAAGACGACUUCUUUCAGACAGGGGAGAUCCAGUCCCCAACAGACGACACAUCUGUUUCUUCUUCUGCUGCUGCUCAGGACGAAGCAGCAGAGGUUUUCUUAGAUAAUAUUGAGGAGGAGGUUCAGACACCUCCCGAGGAGUUUGUUUAUCUAGAAACCUGCGAAGACAUGUCUGAUGUUGGUGUUGAAAAUGCAGCACUUCUGAGGGACCAGGAACAGUCACAAGUACUCACGCAGACUGUAAGUGAGGAGGUAACGAUUUGUGAUGUUCCCCAUGACGCCAGCACAACUCAAGAGACGGAGACUGAUGUCCAUGAGGAGGUUGACGACUCACAACAGAACCAGGAAUGUGCUGUUGGUGAAGACGACUUCUUUCAGACAGAGGAAAGCCAGUCCCCAACAGACCACACAUCUGUUUUGUCUUCUGCUGCUGCUCAGGACGAAACAGCAGAGGUUUUCUUAGCUAACAUUGAGGAGGAGGUUCAGACACCUCCUGAGGAGUUUGUUUAUCUAGAAACCUGCGAAGACACUUCUGCUGAUGGUGCUGACCAAGCAGCACUUCUGAUUGACCAGGAACAGUCACCAGAAGUCUCACAGACUGAAAACAAGGAGGUAACAGUUCACAAAGUCCUUGAUCAGUCUGAUGACGACGACACCACAAACUUUGAAGAAACCGAUGUAAAUGGCCCAACAAGUCCUUUGGAAGACUUGACCUCUCUGAGGGCUCAAGAGACAGUGGUCACUGACACGGUUAGUGCUACGUCACAACCUGACAUUAUCACUGAGGAUAUCUCUGAGUCUUUAGAAAGCAGUUCAUCAACGGACACGUUGACUGAACCAAGUAGGAUUUCUCCAACUGCCCUCAAAGGCUCCUUCUUCAUCACCAACGCACUCACCCAAAAACUGUUCAAACUGGCUGGAUCCAAAGACCACCGUAAAGCCAGUCUAAUGGGUGCCCGCCUGCAUUACAGCAUCAAGCAGCAGCUUGAGUUGGAUGAAAACUGCCAGAUAAAGCUGAAGAACUUAGAGAAAGUUGGUAAAGCAGCCGCCAAACGUCUCUCUGCAGAUUAUGGAUCGGCAGCCGCAGUCCUGAGGGCGGCUCGAGAGGACGACACAGCUGCAUUUGAAGCGGCUGCAGGGAAACAUAUAAACGCUGAACUGAGAUCCUUCCAGAAGCGUCCCAAGUCUGCGCUGUCACGGCUCUUCUCCAGGUUGAGGAGGGCCUUUACCUUCUAA